AUGCUUUCAAACAUUCUUAAGAAGCUCGACGUAGUAGACGUUAUCAUGGGAGCAUCACGAGUGUGCAUCACAUGGUUCCUUGCCUCUCACAACAAAACUAUAUGGAACACCAUCAAACUCAACGAUCUUGAUUCAAUAAUUUUGGAUAACCCUUUCAGCCCUAAUCUGCAGGCUAGUGGUAGUCGAUACCAGCUGAGGAAGAUCUUAAUUGAGAUCAACAAAUUUGCCCGUACUGCCCCAAAAUCAUUUUUUCAACGUAUAUUGCAAUGUAGCAGAAGAGGAGCUUGCAAUCAUUUCUAA